AUGUCGGGGGAUGAAAAUCCAUUUCUUAGAUGUCGUCUGAGCAAUGAUGCAAAGUUUGCUUCUAAUAGCCAUCGAGGAAUUGCGGAUUAUUGUCUCGAAGUGCAGCCAUCAUUAGGUAACCCGAAGAUCGGUGGAGCGAUAAGAGGAACGAAAGUCUGCAAACUGUGCAAGGAUGCAAAGUUUGCUUCUUUUAUGAAGGUGGCGAUGGCCCAGUGGGCUGAAAUUGGACCAAUUCCAGAAACGAUAGAGACUCCCAUUCCCCUCAAGAUUAAAGAACUCGACCCUUUUCAGCGCAUUCGAGCCAUCGCCAUCACCGGCUGCUUUUGGCACCCUGUUCCUUCUUUGUCUCAUUUUCCACGCAGAAAAGCACAAGGGAGGAGGAGGAGGAGGAGGGAAGGAAAAAAACGCGAAUAUUUGUUUUUUUCAAGAAUAUAUCAAUGGCAGCCGAAUCAGGCGACCCUUUUUAGGGUUCUCGUUUCUCUGCUUCUCUCCUCCGGUUUUCAGGGUGGUUGCUGGUUUUGUCGUGUUCGAAAUUCAGAGGCAGUGCAAAGUAUAAACAAGACGGGUGCGCUUUGUUGUGUGGCCGCUGGGCCACAUGGAUCAAAACCAGGCACAGAAUCAGGGGUUGGCGAUAACUCCACAGAUAGAGGUGAACCAUAUUGGCGGACAAAUUCUAGCUUCUCACCUCCUCCGUCAAGGAUAUGGGAUUGUAGAUUGCAAUCAGAUGUGCUGCCUCGAGGUUAUGGAACUAACAGGCUAUCAUUUUCCUCAAACCGCAAGAGACGCAGAAGCAGGUUGGGUAGUGAUAGGAUUACGAACCAUCACCAUUCGGUGUCUGAUGGUGCACUUUCUUAUAAUGAUAGCCCUGCACAUAGUGCUCAGGCAUCUAGGCGGUGGACUUCACCAGUACAAAAAUUCAAAGUGGGCGAGAUGGCUGGCCUUUCAGUUGGAGGAUCAAGGUCUGGAACAUCUCCAUAUCUUCCUUGCACUGAGAGGUAUCUUGCUGUGAAAGCAGCUGCGGCAUCUCCCAGUUUUGGCUCCCCAUCAUCAUUCUCAGAGUUUGACACCUGGGAGUCAACACAACAGCAACCCUACUUUCUUCCUGGUCGUCACUCUAGACGCUCUCACGUGUCAAAAGCUGUUUACCCAAUGUUGUUUCACAAUCCGGUGUCUGACUUCGAGACCUUUGAUGAUGCCAAGGGCAGCAGCCUUGGCAGGUUGACUCCUGGUGAGGAUCGUAUCUCGCCAUCUUACUGGCACGAUGACGGUCCGUAUAGAGAGGACAAAUUUUACAGAGCUCUUGCUGAGCUUCGAAAGUUGGAGGCAUCUCCAGAUCUUAACACAAGUUCAAGAAGAGAAGGAUUUAGGUGGAGUAAUGCCAGUAGUUACGAUCUAGGGUUUGAUGGAGAAAGGUGUGCUAUUGCAGAUAACACGGACAGGGAGGAAAUUACAUCACCUUAUGGCCCUGGAAUGGAUCAGAAAUGUGGAAUUUGUGGAAAAUUGCUACAGCAGAAGUCACCAUGGAGUUCCCAUCGGAUUUUACGUGGCAAUGACAUGCCGAUUGCUGGGGUACUUCCCUGCAGCCACGUGUUCCAUGCAGAUUGCUUGGAGCACAUGACACCCAAAACCCAGAUUCAUGACCCUCCAUGUCCUCUGUGCCUGAAGUAUCUUGGACCCACCUCGGAAUCUCCAUUUGUGAAAGAGUCGUUGCAGAUGGCAUUAAGAUCUUUAAGAAGGAGUCGAGGGGUUGCAAUAGAUGAGGGCUCGCUUGAUCUAAAUGACAAAGCCUCAGCACAUACUAAGGAUAGAUUAAAGAGAAAGUGGCCUCGGGUCGUUCAGCGUUGGAAUAUUGGUGGUUCUUCAUUGGGGAAUCGGCUUAAAAGGCACCUGAUGUUUAAGGGGAGCGGCAGUAAAGAUCUUUGCCACAAAAGAGUCUCUGACAAGGCCGGUUCAUCCUCUAGCAAGCUGCCAGUUGUGGACCAUGUAUCUUCCGGUAGUCCUGUUUCUUCUAGUUAAGGCAUUCUUGUAUACUAGCCUCGGCUUGGAUGCAUUGUCAUCCCAUGUUUUCCUGGACCCUUUUUGGGUCAGCAAGAUCUGAAGUGGGAUGUAUUGGAGAGCUAUAAUUGUCCACACAAAGGAUUGAAAGGGUCCCAUCUGAACGAACUGUGGAGUUAGAUCUGGUCAGGCACAUAUUUUGGCGUACAUUCACGCACAAGGUUUUUUGUGCUUGGCAUGAACAAAGUCUCUUAGUGAAAGAUCGGGUCAUCAAAAGCACCGAUAUUGGAAGUUCCGAGACUUUAUAUGCUGAUUGUUGAUCAAAGGAAAGAAGUUGGCGUUUCGGAAUAUUGCCAUAAGAGAAUUUCAUGAGAUUCCUGAUGUCUUGCUGUCACUUCUGCCCUGGAUGAAUUUUUGUGUCCUUCAAUCCACUUUGUGCUGCA